AUGUUUCACCGAAAUCUCACGCGAAUGAUGAGACUGUUUCUUCCGCUUGUGAAUAAAAUGCAGCCAUGCACAGGACGGUGCUGCUUGGGAGAUGCUAGCCGGUUCAUCUGGCAGGAGCACCAUUGCAUUUCUAUCUACCUUACGCCUACACAUCCCGGCUUGGUACCGCUCCCUCACUGCGAAAGGUACCCCACUGAGACCUCGAGGUUCCGUAAGCUCCUAACACCCCCGAGAAUGGAGUUGCCACAAUGCUACAUCGAGUAUGACACCUUCAAUUUCCCUUUUUUGCAUAUGAUAGUCGUGAGAAUAGUAAAGUCACGGAAAAAGAACGAAACUGCGACGCUCCGUUCGGAUUAUUCUAAGAGGCGAUUCGAUGACGAGCGCCGUCACCUCUCCGAAACCUUUUUCCGAAAGAUUUAUAUACAUGUGCAGUUUUUUGGCGAUAGUGGGUGAUGAGACCGUUCGCUUUCUACGGGAUCCAUGACACCGUGGUAAGACAUUGUUGUUAGGCUGUUGACCUGGGAGUUGGAAAUUGUCAUGAUUGAUUUCCUAAAAAUUCAAUUUCGAGGAGCGGAAUAUAUUCAUCAUGGCAUUUGGAGCGUUAAUUUCAAUGGUGAAUGAAACACACGCAAACCUGCGAUAGUCAUAGAAUUUGAAUUUGGCUUUCCAUCAUGUGAUUCGAACUCAUAUAGGUACCCGAGACCUAGCGGUUCGUACAGUAACAUUUUUCGAGUUUACGACGUGCAAUCAAGACGAGAAUGACAAUAAAAUCGCAUCAUCGUUUGAUACGCUGGUGUAGGGUAUUAGAUCCUCUAAGUUUCAAAUGACUUGUUGGUCAGUAAUUUGUGAAAAUAAUCAAUGAUCUCGUUCUCGGUUCGCCACAUAUUUGUAUUGAACAACUUAUCACGUAUAAAAGGCCCUGACAUUGAA